UUGAAGGGAAAAAGAAAAAAGAAAAGACAUUAGAUUAUAACUAAUAACUAUAAUAAAGUCGUUCCCGUCUAACUCCAUUACGGGAGCUGACGUCACCGCCGGUCACAAAAAAUGCACGGCCAAUCUCCCUUUGAGUCAGAAUCCGAUGCUUCUUCUUCACUCUCUCUCUCUCUCUCUCUCACCAUUUCUCUCUCUCAAUCCCCAAACCCACUCAAACCUCCGACCCAUCUCCCUAAAUGGAUCGCCCGGGUCCGCGCCACGCCACCCGACCCAGCCCUGGAUCCGGAUCCGGAUCGGGCGGUGGAGGACGCGAGGACUGUUGGAGUGAAGGCGCGACGGAGACACUAAUCGAAGCGUGGGGUGACCGUUACGUCCAACUUAACAGAGGUAACCUCCGUCAGAAAGAUUGGAAGGAAGUCGCCGACGCCGUCAACAACCGUCAAAACGGCGUCAAGCCACGUAAGACCGACAUCCAGUGCAAGAACCGCAUCGACACGUUGAAGAAGAAGUACAAGGUGGAGAAGGCCAAACAGCCGACGUCAAAGUGGCCGUUUUAUUACCGUCUCCACUCUCUCAUCGGCGCCGCUAACGCCGUCAACAAGAAACCCACCACCGUUACUUUCACCGUCAAACCCAAAUCGAACCCUAACCCUACCCCCACCGACAGUGACGAUGAUGAAGACGAUGAAGAAGACGACGUCGUAGUGAGGAAGAAUAGAGUGGAGAGCAUGGAUUUCUCAGAUGGAGCUGCGUGUAAAGAAUUGGCGAGAGCGAUAUUGAAGUUCGGGGAGAUAUAUGAGAGGAUUGAGAGCUCGAAGCAGCAACAGAUGAUGGAGUUGGAGAAGCAGAGGAUGGAGUUCACUAAGGACCUUGAGUUUCAGAGGAUGAACAUGUUCAUGGAUGCUCAAUUGGAGAUCGAGAAAUCGAAGCGAGCUAAGUACUCGCCGAGCUCAGGGAAGAAGUUAUAAGCUGAGAUUGCACGAAUGCUUUUCGUUCUUCAAGUGGGGAAGUACAGCCUCUUGAUCUCUUUUGAAACAUGCUUUCGAACUCUUCUGUUUAAAAGACAUGUUGUCCAUGAAAGCUUUUGAACAUGAUGUGGCAGUGUUGUAUAAUUGUUGUAACAUUCAGUGUACAUGAUUAGUUAUUUUGCCACAUAUCAUAUCCUGUACUUGUGUUUUGUAAUUACCGUGUGAUUAAUGCUACUUUCUUUAUUCAUA